GGUAGUACGCAUGAUCGAAGAAAACAACUAUCGUUUUGUUCUUAGUUCGUUUUACUUGAGCGGAUGACGCAAGCAAAUUAUAAUGUCUGCGAGUGAACGUAUCAACUAGUGGCAAAUAUUAAACAAACUACCUCAAAAUUAUAACCCAAAGUACGCGCAUGCCCGCACACACGGCGUGAAGUCCGCUGAGCGGCAAAAAUUUUGACGCCUGUCAGCGAUUCCAGGCUACGUCGCUAGGCGGCUGAAGUCGUGUCGUUUCCCUCGGCGUCUUUCAUUGUUUGUUUUUUUUUAGAUUGCGCAAAACGCGCAAAAGUAUCCGCACCUCACCACUGCCCAGACCUUGUUGAAAUUUAAGGCCAGCAAAGUGAUGGAAUCGUUGUUCGCUACCGCCGAAAGGCUCUCUGCGUCUACGCCAGGAAGGAUAAAGGUAGAAGAGUACAAAGAAAGACUAAAAAAAGAAGCAGAGGAGUUGGUUUUGCACAAAUUUCCUGAGAAGAUAUUGGAACUGGAAACCUUGCUGAAAACAGAUAAGUUUUCGAAGACAGACCUUGCAGCUGUACAUGUGGAUAUCAACAUUCCAGUGCCUGAACCGCCAUUCAUCAACCAUGAGGCUGAUUUGCCUGCAGCAAAGAAAAGAAGGCUUGAAACUCUUGAGAAUGAAAUCACAGGCACCAAAGUGUUGGUCCUACCAACAGGCUCAGUCGGCACUAACAACCACAUUGUCAGCAUGGUCGAUAUCGUCAAGCCGAAGAUUUGGCAGCUUGUAGAUGACACCAACAUAUUAAAAAUGUGGAUACAGUUUCUCAUACCAAGAAUCGAGGAUGGAAACAACUUUGGUGUUUCUAUACAGGAAGACGCCUUGACAGAAAUUAGAGCGGUGGAGGGUGAGGCAGCAGCGUUCUUUGACCAGAUCUCUCGGUACUUCCUGACACGGGGCAAAAUUAUUGCAAAGGUGGCCAAGUAUCCACACGUGGAGGACUUUAGACGUACCGUGCAAGAGCUCGACGAGAAGCAGUAUGUGAGCCUGCGGUUGGUUCUUUGUGAACUCAAGAACCACUAUGCGACCCUCCACGACUUGAUCACGAAGAACUUGGAAAAAAUCAAGAGGCCACGAAGCAGCAAUGCUGAAAACAUGUACUAGCUUUUACACUAAUAAUAAAGGCAAAAACAGGUG